AUGGAUAGCAGUUCAGAGGCAAUGGAGCUGCGAAGGGAGCUCGACGCCGUCAAAAGUGCGCUGCAACAGCAGUCGGAAUCUGUGCUGAAGCAGCGGCACCAGCUAGUUGAAGCUGGACAGGCGCUCGCCGCUCGCGAUAAACGAGCUGCUCAAGAGAGACGUCUAAGACAAGACCAGUUGGCACUAGUUCUACGCUCUCUCGUCCUCCUAGAGUCCCGCCUAACCAGAGAACAAAAACAAAUCAACAUAUCACUCCAACAGAAGGACAAAAUCAUCAAGUCGCAACAGGAAGAAAUAUUAAAACUCAAGGCCCGGAAGUCCUACUGCAGCAACUGCCAACAACUCCUUGGCUUCACUAGUGAACAAACAAAUAUUGAAACUGACCCAGAGUUUCAGAGCUUAGAGAGCACGGAUUCUAGAUUUCCAAAUACAUUUAAACUGCUUCCGAGCAUAGUUAUGGAAGUGCCCAACACUGCUCAAGGAUUUCAGUACGAGAUACAAAGUAUAUAUAGCAACGAAUAUGAACCGAUAGUGACAAAAGGAGCGGAGCAGAAACUUGCGCCGCUGCCACGUGCGGGGUCUAACACAGAGAAAACCGUCCCCAAAAUACGAGGAUCAAUGGUUAAAAACAUCGCUGCCAACAUAGAAAGUCGGAAUAGUUUAAUAGAGUCCAGGAUCGACAAUAGUCUUGGAUCGAUGAAGAUAUUCAACAAAAGAAAAGUGCCAAGAACUCCUCCAGCACUGCCGCCUAAGCCAAAGAACCUAUCAGCCAAACUAAAAGCUGAGAACCCUGUCAAACCAGCGACAGAACCGUUCAACUCUGAAGCCGUUGCGGCUAAUCAACGGGUUGCAGACGUUAAGAUGGGGAAAGUGGGACAAGUAGCAAAUCUCAAAAGUGUUGAGCCGGACUACUGCUCCAUUUCAGAGAUAAAUGUUCCAGUAGUCAGCAAUGGUAAACGGGAAUUGCUACUCAUACAGCCAACGGUCGAGAUCCACAACGAACAGUACCCGGUGCACUCGGCGAAUCAGAGGAACAGCGUGGCUAAGGUGAUAUCCUUGCCUAGGAUCCAGAACAGAAUUAGCGACAAGGACAUACCGAAACUUCCGCACGUCACGGAGAUCAUCAUUCCCGACGAAGACGAGAAGCCCAACGAGGAAGUCAGCCAUCCCUUCCCCAAAACAACUGAUGGUUACUUGGCCAACUUCAACAUGCACCCGCUGCAGCCGAAGCUGGACCCGCGCGCCUCGAUCCAGAUGGGCAACACUGUCUCGUCGAUACUGUCCGAAAUCAACAGGGGCGUCAAGUCGGGCGCUAAGCAAAUCAACCUGACCGAUUUGGACCACCAGUUCAGCCCGCAUCACGGCGCCGAGAAGGCGCCAGCCGCCAACGGCCCGGAGCAACGCAAGGCGGACUACUUGGACGACAUCGACAAGUUCGACCUGUCGCAGGACUUCGAGGAGUUCAAGAUAGACGACGAGCUCGGCAGCGUUGCGGCGGAGGAGUACCGCAUCAGCUCCGGCAGCAGCGACGGCUCAGCCGACGUGGUGACGGAGCACAUCGACACCGUCGCGCCCGACACCGAACGCAACCAGCGCAGCGACCCAAACGACCCGGACGGCGGCGAACGCGGCAACUUUCUCGCCGCCAGCGAGGGCGCCGUAAACAGGGGCCUGCCAAAAAAUGCCAAGCUCUCCAACAAGCCCGACCUGCUGUCGAACAUCGAGAACUUGGAGACGGACAGCGUUAGGAACUCCGACAUAGAGUCGAGCAACUCGUCGGGCAGCAACAGCGGCUCGUACAACACCGUGAAAUGCGAGCCGAGGAUGAUGGGCGGCAUUGAGGCCAACGCCGGCAAAGCCAAAGGCGCCUUCGACUUCUUCCUGGAGAGCUCCGGCCUCAGCUCCAAGUCCCUGUUCACGCCGAGCAGGAACUACCUCAGCAUGCGGCCACCCAGCGCCAACCACAAGAGCGUGCUGAAGCCGAGAGACGUGAAGAUGCGCGUGAAAAACCCAAUCCCCACAAACAUCGAGAGACCGAUGACGACCGCUAUCAAAUAUUUCGAGCCCUACGUG